AUGCCAGUGAGCGGGCCGUCGGCGAGGCUCUGCGUGGAGUACAUGCCAGCCACGCUGGGGUCUCGAAGGGUGUCGAUGCUGCCUCGAGGUACAAGGCCGGCCUACGUCAGACAAUGCAGAAGAAGUAUACAUCGGUCACAUGCCAUUGUGGGCCGUUCGCAGACGCCAACCCCGACAAUCGUCCAUCCAAACUACGGCUUGAAACCCCGUGGGCCUCGUCAUGAGUAUAUGCGACGGUACGCGACAGCAGCGGCGAACAAGGUCAGGUCGGAUGUUGCAGCUGAGCUACAAGGUGGUCCUCUAAGGGAAUAUGAUUCGCGAGUGCAGCAGGGUCGCCUACGGGAUGACCCAUACCAGAGACAGAUCAUUGAGAGGCUACAAGACCUUCACGAAAGGCUGCGAAGCUACCACCCUCCGACCGUCGUCCAUCCGAAUCCCGAAUCCUUGGAUCCUCAGCCGAAAACGUCGUUCCUGGGCUCUUUGUUCGGGCGUGGCAAGGCGAGAGAAGAGUUAACCGUUCCUAAGAGCCUCCCGAAAGGCCUAUAUAUGUACGGAGAUGUCGGGUGUGGAAAAACGAUGCUCAUGGAUUUGUUUUACGAUACCUUGCCGUCGAACAUCGUGUCCAGGUCUCGGAUCCAUUUCCACAACUUCAUGCAAGAUGUACACAGGCGCAUGCAUGUGGUCAAAAUGCGGUACGGCAAUGAUUUUGAUGCGUUGCCUUUGGUAGCAGCGGCUAUUGCCGAGAAAUCAAGCGUGCUGUGUUUCGACGAGUUCCAGUGUACGGAUGUUGCGGAUGCUAUGAUCCUGCGGAGGCUUCUGGAGUCCCUCAUGUCCCAUGGAGUCGUGCUCAUCACCACCUCUAACAGGCACCCCGACGAUCUGUACAAGAACGGCAUCCAGCGGGAGUCAUUCAUCCCGUGCAUCAACCUCCUGAAGACCGCCCUGGACGUGAUCAACUUAGACUCUCCCACAGACUACCGCAAAAUCCCUCGACCGCCUUCCGGCGUCUACCACCACCCACUGGGCUUGGACGCUGAUCAACACGCCCAGAAAUGGUUCGAGUUCCUGGGUGAUCCCAAAGAUCCUCCCCAUCCAGCAAUGCAGGAGGUCUGGGGCCGCAAGAUCGAGGUUCCCCUGGCGAGCGGCAGAGCCGCUCAGUUUAGCUUUCAGCAGUUGAUCGGUCGAGCGACAGGAGCUGCGGACUACCUGGAGUUGGUCCGGAACUAUGACGCCUUCAUCAUCACGGACGUCCCCGGGAUGAACUUGAAUCAGCGAGAUCUUGCGCGUCGGUUCAUUACUUUCAUUGAUGCCGUCUAUGAAAGCAGGGCCAAACUAGUCCUGACCACGGAAGUGCCUUUGACCAACCUCUUCCUCUCUGAGGCGGAGGUGAAAAGCUCUCUCCAGGGAGGCGAAGGCAGUGAUCUCUCUGACGCGAUGCGCAUGAUGAUGGACGACCUGGGCCUCUCUAUGCAAGCCCUCAAGUCCACCUCCAUCUUCAGCGGUGAUGAGGAACGCUUUGCGUUUGCCCGGGCGCUCUCGCGUCUCUCCGAGAUGGGCAGCAAGCAAUGGGUGGAGCGGGGAUUGGGGGUCGGGAUGGAUGCCGAGAAGGGGAAAAGCGAGCAUGACGCAUGGAUCAAAGCGAGAAGCCAUUGGAGCGAGGAUAAUAUGUGA